GCCAAUGACCGUCGGGACAAAGUAAGCCAGCUCUUCUAGAGCUGUACCGAGUACCUGCAUUAUAUUGGUCAGCGUCGAGGCAGGAUUGACGUUGUCUUGUUCUGGCUCGAUUGUGGCAUGAAUACGAACAAGGUCACUCGGGGCGUCUGCAGCGGCUUCCUUAGACACUGGGUUUCGAGGUACCCGACUUCAGCGGCAACGAGGACAGCUGCACGAGCACCACUGGGCAGAGGCACAGCGCUGAGGCCGUCCAUGUCCUAUCAGACCACUCGCAAGCCAUUCUCACCCUCUCUGCUCGACCAAGCACAAGCCGCGGGACUGUCCACGACGACACCGAGAAGCAAGAUGAGCCGUCGGGCACCCAUAGAACCCCAACGGGUUGAUGCACCACUCACCCAGUCCGCGACCUUCCUCGUCCUCUCUGUGACGGACAAGCCCGAUGCCAUCCAGACUGUACGCUCGACACUCGCCAGCGUUGAUGACCUCUCCAAGAACGUGGCGAUUCGCGACCUGGACGCCGCCUUUGCGUGCACGGUCGGCGUUGGUAGCAAUAUCUGGGACAGUCUACUUCGGGGUGUUCCCAGACCGGCGGAGCUGCACCCUUUCCCAACCAUCUCCGGCAAAGUCCACACGGCCGUUUCCACGCCUGGGGACCUGCUGUUUCACAUCCGGGCACAGCGCCGCGAUCUGUGCUUCGAGUUCGAGCGCCAGUUGAUGGAUCGGCUGGGGGACAGUGUCAAGGUCGAGGAUGACACUGUCGGAUUCCGCUACUUUGACGUCCGCGAUCUCCUGGGCUUCGUGGACGGCACGGCCAACCCCGUAGGCGCGUCUGUCGAUGAAUCGGUCCUGGUAACGGAGGUGGACGACGCAGGCUCCGCAGGCGGCAGCUACGUUGUCGUUCAGAAGUACGUGCACGAUUUGAAGAGGUGGCGCGGCCUGUCUACGGAACAGCAGGAAGCCAUCAUCGGGCGCACGAAACUCGACAACAUCGAGUUGGACGAUGUGGGUGAGGACAAACAGAAGGCGCACAAGCAACUGGCCACGGUCCAGGGGGAUGACGGAUCCGAGCUGUCGAUCUUGAGGGACAACAUGCCCUUUGGCACACCCGGGAAAGGCGAGUUUGGCACUUAUUUCAUCGGCUAUUCGAGGAAGCUGUGGGUCAUUGAGCAGAUGCUGGACCGCAUGUUUGUAGGUUCGCCGCCUGGGCUGCAUGAUCGCAUUUUGGACUACUCGACGCCGUUGACAGGGACGACCUUUUUCGUGCCCAGUGCAACCCUCCUGGGGACUCUUGGUGAUGACUAGGGCGGUGGACAUUCACGCGACGAAGCUGUACCUUGUGCUCGUCAAUUUGAGAUAUGGUUCGGACAGUCCGAGUUAGUGCCUUCGUCAGGAGGGUAGCAAACGUCCUCGACUAUAUGGGGAUAUUAUACACUGAGCAGAAAGGAUAUGACUGAAUAGAAGGGGGUCUUUCUUUCAAGCGAAUGCUGCUCGGAUUGCAAUGUUGCUCUGCGGCACCUCUAGCAGCCUUCCCUUAUGUUCCUAAACUGCAGCGUGAUAAGGCUUCUAGGGGCCAGUCGAGCACAUCUAGAUCUCACCCUCAAUGACCAGUUCCGAAGUGGAAAU